GAAGAAGCGCAGCCCAGCACACCCAGCCCUGCAGAUUGCGCCAUUGCUCCGCUCGAAGCUGCAUCAACUGCCAUGAAGGAUGGUGAAGGGGAAGAGAAAAUGCAAUCACCAGGCCUACUUAUUGCGCAAGCUGCUCUUGCGCGCUCGAUGUCCUCGCAGGCUGGCAUGCGGACCAGAGACGUGUACGGCCGGGGUGGUAUGGGGCGUCCUGGGCCUGACCCACUGGAGAAGGAUAUUUACGACGACCUCGAUAAGGGGCUGGAGAACGUGCAGAGCACUUGUGAGCACGCAGCGCAUGAGGUCUUGAAAUAUGGCGACUGCGCCGAGGAAGUAGACCAGAUCUCUCGCCGUAUGACCGAGAACAUGGCGCUCACCAAGGGUGAACUGGAGCGGGUGGAGCGCGAAGAUCCAGAAGCUCUCAAGGCCGCCGAGGACGAAUCUCGUGGGCGCACCUACCGUCCACCCAGCAUGCGGAAGGACCUCAGCCACCGGAACGACAUCAAGCACGGCACUCUCACUGCAGUGAAGGCCAGCGCAAGUGCCAGUUCCAACGACAUCGUGGCCGGCAACCAGCUCACUGCGGAUGACGGCAUGGAUGACCGUGAAGGCGCAGAAGCAUGCAGUUAGCGACCGCUUUACAUGAUUAUUUCCCUACUUUACUA